UUUUGUAAUGGUGGUAUUUCGUGUGUCAACUUUUGUUGUUUUUUUUAAAAUGUGAAGCUCUGAGGUUAUCUUAUAGACCUUCUAAUUUAUAAUCAAUUAAAAAAUAAUAACGCUACCCCUUUUUAACAUAAAACAUGAGCAUUUUCCAAGAUAAUUCUCUAGCGGUUGAUAACCCUCAAAGCAGAGAAGAGGAGGAGGAUCUGGAAGAACAGCGGCGUCGCGAGGAAGAAUUGUCAGAUUUACUGGCGACUGGAAUACACGCAUUUAAUUAUGAGGACAGUACAAUGAAUUCUUCUGUAACUUCAGUCGAAGAGGUUGGACCAAAUUAUGUGAAGACAAAAGGCAAAAAUGACUUUAAUUACGAAGAUAGUAGUAAAGCAGUCCCAGACAACUUAUCCGCUAAUUCGUCACAAGUUACUGAACGCAAUUAUAAAAACGUCGACCAGCAAGAACAGUUAAAAGUAUUGUAUGACGUUCGGGUAAGAGAAAUUAACAAUCUUAGAGAGGAGUUUAACAAAUUUAAAGCUGAAAAAGAAAAAGAAAUGACGGUUUUAAAACAUAAAGUGACGUUAUCAGAAGCAGAACUUCGUCAUUGCCAGGUUACUUUAUCAAAUUCGGAAAGUCUGUUAGUGGAAAAAAAUGACGUUAUUAACCAUUUAAAAGGAAACAUUACCUCACAAGUAGACGAAAUUAGUAAUUUAAAGAAAGUGCUUGAGCAACAAAAUUUGGAAAUUUGCACAUACAAAUCAACAGUUAAUGAGCUGCAGAUGAAACUCGCAGAUAAUAAUCCAUUUAACACAGGCGCUCGUAAAUUAAAUUCUGAAGAACUGCAGAAGGCGCACCGAGAUCAGAUUAUAAAAUUAGAGACUUUUCUACAGGAAAAGUCCAAAAAAGUGGAAAUAUUAGAAAAAGAAAAAAAUAAUUUAAAGGAAGACAUGAAAAAGUUAGUUGGACAGAAAAAUGAAGUGGAAGAAGAAAAUAAUUUAAUGAUUAUAAGUUUAUCAAAAAAAUUGCAAAGCGCCCAACAACAAUGUAAAGAUCUCUUCUUAUUAGGCGAAGCUAUAAAAAAGGAGAGUGACCACUUUAAGGAUCGAAUUCAACAGUAUGACAAUAAAAUUGAUUUAUCGGGAGACAGUUUAGCGCUUAAUAAUGUGGACAAAGACACCAUCGUCGUACACAUCGAAAAAUUGAAACGUAUGUUGUUAGACAAAGACGUCGAAUUAAAUACUCUCAAAACAAAACUAAAGUUCUACAACUCCGAUCUAGAUGAAUUGUUUGAAUAUAGACAGUUGCUUAAUAAAAUGUACUCAUGUGAAGUUAAGUUAUGCAACAAUAGCGAGCAUGAAGAACUCAUUAUUUUUAUGCAGAGACAAUUACAAAGCUACCAACAAGCUAUUGAUGACCGCAACAACCAAAUAAUGAGUUUAAAUAUGGUCAAUAAGGAAUUACAGGAAAAAAUUGAAGAAAUGUUAGAACAAACACGUACAGACAUUCAGAAUAUUUCACAAAAGUAUAGUUUGCCCCAGUUGGAAACAAUGAGUAACGAACUGAAAAAUGCGGAAGAAAUGAUCAACAAUUUAAAACAACAGUUAACGGAAAAAGGCGAUGACAAGGGAAAAUUCGAAAAAAUUCUUCGCGAAAAGGAGGAUUUACAAGAACUUGUUACCCAAGAGAGGAAAAAGUUUGAGGAAAGUGUGUCACAAACGAAACGAGAGUUGAAAGAUAUAAAUAACGAACGAAAUAAGUUACUCCAAGAACUGUCAGAGUUUAAGAAAACCGAAUUACAGUUGACGGAGGAGAACGAAAAAGUUAAAACACAGUUACAAAAGAUUUGUCUAAACCUUGGGCUUUCAGAGGCUGAAAUAUUCGAUUCUGAAGAUAUUCAUGACGUAAGCACUUUAAAAUCAAAAUACGGACAAAUACACGAUCAGCUGCAGCACGUUCUUAUGCAUUUGGAAAGUAUGAAUGUGAAAAGAACAAAUUUCAAUAUCGUUUUUAAGUUGAAAAAACAACUGCAGAACUUUUUAAAUUUAAUGACUGAGCAAAGUUUGGAGCAGAAACACGUUGAAGACAAAUUGGAGCAGUGGGAUAAUAUGUUGAGCGAUUUUAUUGAAAGUUUGAGACAUGAUGCAAGUUUGACGAACGGCGAUUUGGAGCUGAAAGACAGUAUUGAAGAUGUUACGAAUGCUAAAACGAUGUUGGAAGGGGAAAAAUUUGCGCUGGAAUAUCAGCUGAAAAGUCGCACACUUGAACUGGAAGAAGCUAAAAAGCAAAUCGCUUUGUUGAAUGAAAACAACAGCAGUCUUAGUCAAGAGUUUGAACAGAGUACGCGCUCGGUUCAGAAAUUAAAUGACCAGAUACAAAAUUUAAAGAAAUGUUUACAAGUGGUUGAGGAGAAUAAAGUUGAAGUAGAGAAACAGUUGGAGAACACUCAAAAACAGCUGAAUGAAGCAAAGCAAGAGACCAUAGAUUUACGUAAACAAGUUAGAGAAGUAAAUGAAAAUGUAGUAAGAAAAAAUUUGUGUAAAGAAUUAAGAAAUGUCGAAGACACGUUGCAACAAAGUAACAAUGAUGUUUUAGGUAGUGAUAUUUUUCAAAAGUGUUUACAAGCUCAGGUGUUGAAAGCGGAAAUUACUUUACGUGAUAAACUUCAUGAAGAAAAUGUACAGAAAAUGCAAAAAAUUGAAGAUCAGUACAAGAAUGUGCUAACAGAAAAAACAGAAAUGUAUAACAAAGAGAAAGAAAAGUGGAAACGGCAGGAAGCCAAUUAUAGAAAACAGUUUGCCGCUCUUUUAGAAGAAUGUGGUAAAAAAAUGGAAGAAUUAGAAAACGAAAACAUUAAGUUAGUUAAGCGUGUAAAUGGAGUACUCCAAGAGCACGAAGCGUUUAAAAACAACGCCAUAAUUAGCAUUGAAAAAUCAAACAAGGUAGCUGCCGAUUGUAAAAAAGCAAUGAGGGAAUCUAGCACUAAAUGGGCCACACUUUUACAAAGUUAUAUGACCGAUGCUACCAAAAUUGAGAAGCAACAGCAAAGAAUUGCCAAAGGCGUUUUAAAAAAAAUUAAACUAAAUCAAGCGGAGGUAACUCUAAUAGAAAAUUUGUAUGACAAUAAAAUUAAGCAACUGAAAGAGAAAAACCUGGGUAACAAGUUCAACAUUGUGUGAUGAAAUUUAGUUGAUAUUAACAAAAAUGUAUUUUCAGUAUUAAUUUGUGUUAUUAAACUUUUUUGCAAUUU